AUGUCUUCAUACACUCCCACCAGACGUUCAGCCCGCCAGCGCCGAGUCUCGUUCUCGGAGACGACCACAAGUCGCAUCUUUGACCCAGACCAUUGGUCCUCAUAUACCGAUACCGCCUGCGAAGGAAUGUUGAGCGGCGGUGCAUCUCCCGGCCCACCUUCCCGAGUACGGGACAGGCGCCUGUCUAUCCCGUUCGUUGACAAGAAACUUGACCUCAAGGCCGUGGUCCGCAAGUCGGCAUUACAGCAGCACACGACUGAGGUGGCUCACCGGAGCCACCGUCGCUCUCACUCCAUCUCUGCCCCCCAGUCCAACUGGCCAAUCCACCGUCGCACGACGUACGAAAACCCGGCGCCACCACCCCCGUCUCGGAUGUACGCCCAGGGCAGCUUGGCAUACCCCUUCACCCACCCGGACUUUGGGCCCGUCCCACUGGGACACCCCGGCCCGCAUGGCAUGGGCUGCCACUGUAUGAACUGCAUGAGCUACGUCUCGAUGGCGCCUCCGCUCCCUCCAGCUCCUCUCAUGCUCGCUCCACACACACUGCCGCAUCACCACGCAAUGGGUUACGGCCACCAGUGUCCUGCUUGCGCGCCGAUGACGUAUGGCUAUUCGCACCAGGCUGUGCACCGCCGAUUUUGA